UAUCAUUCAUUGUUUGAUCACAGUAGUGAAACAACCAAUUAUACAAAAUGUUCGCUAAGGUAUUGGCUCUCUGUGGUUUGGUGGCGGUGUGCCAGGCAGGUCUGCUGCCCGCCCCAGUGCACUACUCCUCCGCCGCCGCUGUCUCCUCGCAGAACAUCGUGCGUCACGACCAGCCUGCCCAACACGUGGCAUACCACGCUGCCCCCGCCGCGGUCGCUUACCAUGCUGCCCCUGCUCCUAUUGCCUACCACGCCGCUCCCGUCGCCCGUGUUGAAGAGUUCAACGCUCACCCUCAGUACGAGUACAACUACUCAGUAGCUGACGGGCACACCGGUGACAACAAGUCCCAGCAGGAGUCCCGCGACGGCGACGUCGUGCGCGGCUCGUACUCCUUCCACGAGGCCGACGGCUCCGUCAGGACCGUGCAGUACUCCGCGGACGACCACAGCGGCUUCAACGCGGUGGUGCACAACUCGGCGCCCACAGCCGCGCCUGCGCACUCCGCGCCACUCACUACCACUGAAGCAUCUCACUAG